AUGGAGAACGGUUCAACCUCAGAAGGAAAAGACCCGUCGGCUUUCCUCAGCGAGAUUAUCGGAGCUCCAGUGAUCGUAAAGCUCAACUCCGGUGUAGUUUACAAGGGGGAACUUCAGUCUGUGGACGGUUAUAUGAACAUCGCACUUGAAAAGACCGAGGAGUUUGUAAACGGAACACUGCGGCGCAACUACGGUGAUGCUUUUGUACGAGGAAACAAUGGUCAGUGA